AUGCCGAGCCCAGAGUCAUACCACCGGGCUCCAGGACUUUUCUCCGGUAAGCCACAAGAAAGCCAGCCGAAAACGUUCUCUUCCAUUCUGCGGAUUCCUGUCCUCUUCCUACUUGUGGAACUCGGCGCCUCGGGAAAGGACGCAGAUCCAACAGUGGUGUCAGGAAUCCUAGGGAGUUCUGUGACACUCUCCCUAAACGUCUCAAGAGAGACAGAUAUUGAGCACGUCUCCAGGACUGGCCACCAAAACGCUCUUGUUUUCGCACUCCCCAAAGAAUGUCCAGUCUUCAUGGACAAAAGCUACAAGGGCCAACUAGACAUCGAUGGCUGGAGCUUCUCCUUGCACCUCAGAAACCUUACCCAAAAAGAUGCAGGACCUUACAAAGCCCAAAUAAACCAACAUAAUUCUAGUGACACCAUUGAGAAGGAAUUCAUCUUGUAUGUCUAUGAGUGGCUACAGCAGCCUCAAAUCACCAUGGUAUCUCUGAACAUAUCUGAGUAUGCUUCCUAAAAUGUCACCUUGAUGUGCUCUGUGAAGGGUGCAGAGAAAGAUGUAACCUACAGCUGGACUCCAAGGGUUCCCUAUGCCUCUGAAUCCUGUGGGGGCUCCAUUCUCACCAUCUCCCAAAAGUCCUGUGACUCAUACCUGCCGUACACCUGCACCGCCCAGAAUCCCAUCAGCCACAACCUGUCCAUACCUGGAAGUUCUGUUAUAAAUCCAGGAGACUCCAGAGGAAAAGCAAUGGAGGACACAGUGGUGGGGACCCUAGGAGAGCCGAUCACCUUGCUUCUGAUCAAUCAGGACACAAAGAAAGUUGUCCGGGUGUUUAACACAUCUGUUAUCAGCAAAGAAAAAGAAGCAGCCACAGCGGAUCUGCCCGCUAAGCCCCAGGGUCAUAAUGAGAGCAGAGUGUCGAUCUCCAGCCAGGACUACUCCCUGAAGAUCAGCCGGCUGAAGAUGGAAGAUGCUGGCCCCUACCGUGCUUAUGUGUGCUCAGAGGCCUCUGAAGUCCCCAGCAUGAAACAUGUCACACUGCUCAUCUACCGGAAGCUGAAGAAGCCGAAAAUCACCUGGAGCCCCCUGUCCCCCAAGGACGGCAUCUGCAGGGCCAACCUGACCUGCUCAGUGGAGGAUGGUGGAGAUACUGUGACGUACACAUGGACCUUCCAGAAGGGAGUUGCUGUGUCUCCAGAGGGAUCAUACCACAUCGUUUCCUGGAGAAGUCAUGCAAAUCUUACCUGCACAGCCAGAAACUCUGUCAGCAACAGCUCUUCCCAGUUUCCCAUCAGGAACACCUGUCCAGGCCCUGAAGUAAAUGUGAAUAUUUGGAUAUGGCCUUUCCUGGUUUCCUUCCUGUUCCUUGGGAUCAUCACUGACUGGUACUUUUGGAAGCACAAAAGACAGGGUGAGUUUCUUAGACCAAUGACAUUGUCCAACACCAAGCCCUUUCCCUGGGAAUCUUGGAGGCUCCUUUAUCCUCACAGAAUUCCUUGCCACCCUUCCUCUCCAAGACCCGGUUCAGCUGUAGUCUGCUGUUCCAGCCAAGAUGAGGCCCCAGAUGACACCCAGGGUAAUUUCACCAUUGUCACAGGAAGUAGUUCAGAUAGAACCUCCUACUCAAAAUAUAAUCUCCAAAUCUGGCUACUCAAACUAAGUGAGAGAGGCAGGACUGGCACUUUCGUUAACCCUGCACAAUGUGUUCCAGAACCCGCACCACCUCACGCAAUAUACACUAUGCUCUCCCAAGGAAAUGAAAAGCUGGGCGCUCCCCUUCACACUGUCAGACAUGAGUCUGCAUCCACCUCAGACACCAGUUCUGACAGCAGCAUCACAACUGAGGAGGAUGAGGACAGGACCAAGGUACACCUGGCUGUCGGUGGAAGAGACAAGAUUACUCGGAAGCAUCCUGGAUAUGACUUAGCCUCGGAGGGGCAAAGGAGCUAUGAAGCCUCCACUCCAGAUUACACAGCAGUUAAGUCUGUUGAUAAACAGGAUGUGGAACAUGUGCAAGUAUUCACUGUUAUGCAGAGAAAGACCUCAGUCCCUCAGGAGGAGAGCUCAGCCACAAUCUACUGCUCUGUUCAGAAACCUCAGAAGGAGGUGCCACCACCACAGCAUGCUCUGGAGUCCUCUGAAACCUUGACCUACCAAAAUUUCACCUGAAAAAAAAAAAAAAAAACUUCUACGUCUCUGAUUGGAAAAGUAGCUGGACCUUGUAAAUCCUGGUGCUCCUACAGACAAGUAAAGCAGCAUUUCCCACAGUGACUCAAA